AUGUUUUCGUGUAGUGUAUGCGAUAAAACCUUUACAUUGAUCAAAAAUCUACAUAGACAUGCCAAGUCACACGAAUCACUUACUAAAAUCGUAUGCAGUAUUUGCUCAGAAAUAUUCACGCGAAGAGAUAACCUCGUCAGACAUAAUAAAGAAAAACAUCUUCCUUCGGCCAGAAAUCACAAUGAUCUUAACCGUACACAUGUGGAAAAUUCGAAUGAAGCAGUAAAUGCUAAAAAAACACGUAUGAACAGCGUCAAUACCCCUGAUUUCAUUAAGACAGGCACGUCGUUCGCAGAUAAAAUCGAGUGGUAUUAUAUGAAAAAUAUAGAUAAUUUGAUCAACUACAAUAUAUUUCUGGAAUCAUCAAAAAAAGACUUAUUACAUCUACUCAAAUCAAUCUCUACAAAACAUCCAAUUAAAUAUAAUUUAAAACUAGAAGCAACAUAUAACCGCCCAAACGUAGACAAUUCAUCGGAAAAUCGUGCGUUUAAGACUAAAGCCAGAGAAAUUUUUUUGAGUACAGAUAUCGAGUCUAAGAUUGAUAUAGAUUUCGCUAAUCUUAUGUCUGAGGAAGACGUUUAA